AUGUUUUGCUGUGAUGGCUCUUCUUUUGGUAAUACUGGGAAAGCUGGAUUUGGGGUUGUUAUUAGGGAUCAUGUUUGUCAGGUGGUUGGAGUGAUGACUGGUGGUUUAGGAAUUACAACUAAUUAUGUAGCAGAGAACUAUGUUGUUGUGUGUGCAGCUGAAUUGGCAGUAGAAUGGAAAAUGCAGAACAUUAUUGUAUGUUCUGAUUCAAAGUCAGUUCUGGAAAAUUUUGCAAGAAAUCAAGCUCCUUGGUUUGUCAGGGUAAGAUGGCAAAAAGCAAUCAAAAAUUUAUCUUCAGUCAUUUUUCAACACCAGCUCAGAGAAGUGAACUUCUCAGCUGAUAAUGCUGCAAAAAAAGGUGCAAAUUUAGGAGCUGGUGAACGGCAGGUAUUCAUAGGAAGGCCAACAUUUCUUCCCAGGAUUGAAAUGAAAGGAGUUACAUAUUACAAAUUCAGCUAG